CACAUGCACCAAGUCCAUCACCAACCUCCCUUCAGCCUCCAUUGAUAGAUAGAUCGACCAUCCAUCAAACACUGCUACUAUUUUCCACCUUGUCUGUUACGAGAUGACAGCCAGCACCAUCCAUGACUGCAGCUAGCCUACCUUUACCUUGCUGAUUAUUCCUUCACUCUUUUCCACCUCGAUCUCAGCACAACACAUCACCGCAACCUAGAUAGAUACAAGCAAAAAUUAUGGGUGAGUCUAUCAGCUCAUCGUCUAGGACUUGCUGCUGUACCGCAUUAUUCCACUGCAACAAGUACCACCAUCAACUCCGGACUACUAGUGCUGUUGCUGCUACUGUGUCUGAUUCGGAGGACGUAGACAGCGGCUGGACCGCCUACUUCCUACACUCUUCUUCCCAGGAGGAGGAGGCAGGGGUGGUGGCGCCGAGGGAGAAGCUGCAGGAUGCGGACGUCUGUGGGAGUGCCUGCGGCUUAAGUUUGUCCAGUGCCAACAAGAAGACGAAGGCCGUGAAGGUGAAAGCAGGAGAGAUGACGAAGAAGAAGAAGAAGGAGGAGGUGGAGGAAGAUCCACUGGAGGACACUGCUUCCUGGCCACCUCUGCUGCUACCAAAUGGACCUCAGGUAAGGAGGUAAGGAAUAUUAAUCCUGUCCGGUGUGAACAAAGACCGGCCACCAGUGCAACAACGGAGAAGUGCUGGAGACGUCAGUGGGAGGAUUUGAACACUGGGCCACCUGGCCGAUAGGCAUGCAACAGGCAACGACUGCAGUACAAAUGCAGAAAAGAGGAGGCUUGCUUGAUUACUUCCACUACUUAAACUACUGUGUGUGGACUAGCUGCAUCGACCAUGCAUCUAUCUUCUGUAAACUAACUAGGACUGCUCAAACUGUUCCACAUUUGUGAUUCUGCCCGGUCUGGCCUGGGUUAUUAGCUUAUCUAAUUUGGUGUUGG